AAGAGAUCGCACGGCCGGGCGCCUCGACAAUAAUUAUACCAUAAAAAAUUUAGUUGACAAUAAAACAUUUUGUGGCGCGACCGACAUUCAAAUUUGGAGCGAGUGGCUGGCCGCAAUGACGCUUUGACGACGAAUUCGCAAAUUAAAAAUAAACGAUCGUGCAUCUUCCCCCCAAUUUUUGUGACGGAUAAAUAAUAAACUUUUGUUCGGUUUUGAAUUUGGAAGAGGCGUUAGCCGCGGCCCGUGCGAUCGGAACAGUCAGCUGGUCGCCCGCGACAACAGCAGGAUGAUGCUGCUGAGCGCCUGUCUCCUCCUGGCAGCCACGGUGGCGGCUCAACACCGGAUCCCGCAGGACUCGGUGCUGUCCCCGCGGCCGGCUCGCGUGCGCGACCGCGAGAUCAGCAAGCCUGACGAGCCGACCUGCGACCAGCUGAAGGCUAUGUGGAGGUUCUCGAAGCGGCAAGCGCGCGCGCCGGAGAUCAUGAACGAAGUGAGCUCGUACCGCGACCCGCUCAUGUACAACGAGUGGCCCGUGUACACCGCCCUGCCCCGCGCCGCCCCCAGGUUCCGCUACCCGUACCCGAGCGUGGCUCGCGAGGCGUACGGCAGGGUGGUCACCAAGGCGCCGCCCAACGUCGUGCGCACACCGGACUACGACGAGAUGUUCGGCAUGCUGAACGUGCCGCAGACGUCGGGCAAGAUCCUGCGCUACCCGGGCCCCUCGCGCAUGCGCGGACACGCCUUCAUGGUGCCGCCGCAGCAGGGCAGGUUCGAGACCCUGAAGAAGCUGGUCCGCCAGGAGCACCUGCGCGAGCUGCAGCGCCAGUACGAGACCGAGCAGAAGCAGGAGCUGAAGGAGCUGGCUAGAGGUAACGACGACUACGCCUACACGUCAUACUCGGAGCAGGAGCCGCGCGGGCUGCAGGGGCUGGGGCAGGAGUAUCCCGCCGACGAGCCCGCACCCCGACACCUCAACAGGAAGCCCCCGUCCCCCGGCAGCCGGCAGGUGAGCCAGUUCUCCCGCUACUCGGACGUGCUGGUGCCCUCCCGCCGCAGCCUCCACCCCGUGUUCGACUACCCGCCGGAACUCAUCCCCUACCUCUACUGAACCCUCGGAGACCACGACUCCUCGCCUCGACACUCAGGUUGAGCUCACACGUUCUCCAUCAAUGUACAAAUAUAUCCGCGGGCUUUAAUCUCUAUAUCAGUAUUGUGAAACGGCCAUAUCGAAAGCAUAUCUCUUUUUAGGCUUUCGCUUCGGCAUCUUGCGAGCUUCCCCCUUCUAGAGUUUCCUCCAUAUCGCCUGACUUGCGUAUUUUUUUACAUUGUAUCCAAGUUUUCUAUGUAAUUUGCGGUAAUAUUGUACCCUUCGAUUAUUGGAUUUUUUAUAGGGUUAAGGUUUUGGCACGGGUUCCUACGUUCUGAACGGGAGAGGCCCAGUAGAAGUAUGUCAAGAAAAAUAUUAAAUGUCUGUAUUUACAGUACUUCCAAAAAUAAACAUUUGACAAUAAAUAAAUACCUAAUAAUCGUAGAUACAUAAUUUUAGUAUACAAAGUGUGCAAUUAAUAUUAUCUUUUACAAUAUACAGUCAAUUCCUUAUAUUUGAAUGACUUUGACAAUAAAUUAUCAAAUUAUUGACAAUAAAAUGUCUGCAUUAAUAUUUUACAAAUUGCUAUGAUAUUUAUAUUAGAACUUUAAGUGUAUCGAGAAGUCCGAUUGUAUUAUACCUACAAAGGGUUUGUCUUAAUUUUAGGUAAAAUCAUUUUGUUAAAUAAUAUAAUGCUUUGUAGAUUUACUAAUAUUUUAAGUAAGUAUACAUUCCUAAAGUAGUCAGUUUAUUAGGAAUUAAGUUUAAUAAUAUUUAAUAGAUGUCCAAUUUCAUAAUCCUCUGCUGUUUAUAACUGUCUAAGUUUUAUAGUGAGCUACAAAUAUUUUUGAAAGUUGAAUUGAUAUAAAAUUAUUGUGGAUUAAAAAUGCUGAGGAACCACUUCCACAGGAAGCUUUUUUCCGUUUAAUAUUACGAAUACAUACAACAAUAUCAGUAUUAUUAUGCCAUCUAUUUUCUAGUCACCUAACUAUUGUUUAACGAAUGUCUUUAGAUCUUUUGCUUUUAAGUAGUUCUAACUGAUGCAUUCCAUAAAGUUCAAAACAUUAUCAUAUCCAUCCCUUUAUUAUUAAAGUUAGUUCUGUUUGUGUUUUAUGACACUUGUAUUUACACUUUAGUUAGAUUAUAUUAAUAUGUACUUAAUUAAUUUAUUAUGUCAGUUUCAUAGUUGAUAGAGUGACCCUUAUAAACCCAAUGCUUAGCAAAUAAUAACUUGAAAUUAUAUUUUUUACCACAGUAAUUAAAGUUUAUCCUGUGUAAACAGUGAUUUACACUUAAAUGAG